CCCACCUGUCCACCUCGACAGCGAACAACCCGAGGUGGAAGAAAGAGGCUAUUUUUCGCCCGCUCCUCCCACUCUACGAGCUAAGGAUGCAAUACGCUACAUCCCAACGCUCAACGGAGAUGAUGAUGUAGGAGUUGAAGACUUCAUCAAAGAAGUGAGAAGUAUGAAGGAUCGCUGUAUGGAGCAAGAUCUAUUGCUAAAAGCAAUAAAAGUGGAAAAAAUCGUGGGGAAAGCAGCCCAAAGUAUUCGCAACAUUCCUAUUGAGUGUUACAGUGAUCUGUACGACGCACUGAGAAAUAACUUAGCAGCACAAGUGACUUCGGAUGAGUACCAAGAACAAUUACGAGAGUUGAGACAGGGACGCGAGGAAUCAGUGCAAAGUUUUAAUAUUCGGUUUAGAAGAAUACUCAACCGUUUGCUGUACGCAGUAACCAAUGAGUACCCACAACCACUAACACGUAAAAUUAUGACUGAAGAAAUCACGAAGAAGACUGUUCGUGUGUACCUAAAGGGACUCAGGCGCGACAUAGGGCGAAUACUAUUAAGCAGUGAACCCUUGAAUCUUCCGGAAGCUGAAAAAAAGGCAGCCGAUGUAGAACGCUACUUGCGAGAAGAACGACAACCUAAUUGGUCAUGUAAUCGCUUACCUUCGGUUAGUAAUCGCCCCGACAACCAGCAUAUGCAGAAAAUAGAUCACCUGCUGAACGCGCGCAGAUGAAGUGCUUCAAGUGCGGAAAGCUGGGACACAUUGCCAACAAGUGUCAAAAUUUUCUACCACCGAGCCAGCGCGAUCGACCACCCGCAAGGAUUCCAGGCAGUCCAGGAAUGGGACGAAAUACAAGAAACAACAUCGAACCAGGAGAUGGACGAACCGUACGAGACAUACGAGUCAACAUCGCCACGGGAAGAUUACUCGCAAUACC